AUGUCCUUUCAAGAGAUUGGAACGGGAUUCAUCCGUCAGUACUACGAGUUCUUCUCAAAGAACCGCACGCAACUUGCUGGUGUGUAUCGCCCAACUUCCCUCAUGACUUGGGUUGGUGAGCAAAUCCAAGGGGGUGAGAAUAUUAUGGCCCGUUUCGCCAACCUAAGCUUUGAUGAAGCACUUUUUAAGACAGAAGAUAUCGAUUGUCACCCAUCACUCAGCGGUGGUGUCCUUGUCGUGGUGAAUGGUGAAGUACUGCUGAAGGGUGAGAGCCAUCCUCUGAAGUUCAAUGAUGUUUUUCAUUUGGCCCAGGAAGGAAGUCAGUGGUACAUCUCGAACCAAAUCUUUCGUAUAGUUGGCGGCGGUGGCCACUAA